AUGGAAGACAACCGUAACCAAAGGCCUCAAUUCCCAGUUUGGAUUGUAAAGCAUAAUGGCCAACUUGAAGGCGCAGAUGAUGGUGAUGUUCUCGAAGAAGUAGAAGAAAGGGCAGCCCAGGGAGAGGAGGAUGUUGCAGUAGGCACCCAAGUCCCCGGUGACAACGAAGAAGGAGAAGGAGACCACGAGCCUGACUCGGAAGCUGGGGACAUGUCUUUCGCAUCGACCGUCCCGGAAAAGAGUGCCGAGAGCGUUCUGGUAGAUUUUGCGAUCGUCCGUCUCACAGCAGUGCCUCAGCCAGAGGAGAAGUCUCGCUGUGGAGGGUGGCGAAUAACUGCGGCAAGUGCUUGCCUUCUCGUGGAAGUAAAGAGGUUUGCAAACUUGAAGUAG